AUGGCGGUGCAACCGGCGGGCAAUGGCACACCGAGCACGACCAACAACAGCUACACGCAAGGCCACUCCAACUACACGGUGGCAACGCACCUGACACGCACGGCCGAGUCGGACGCGGCGUUUUUGUUGCCGCACAUCAAGCCCACCGACCACAUUCUCGACGUGGGUUGCGGGCCGGGGACCAUCACGACGGGACUGGCGAGGUACGCCGGCCAAGGACGCACCGUGGGCAUCGACGUAUCAGGCGACGUGUUGCGGAAAGCCAGGGCGUUGUUGUUGGCUGCGAACGCGGACGCGGACGCGGCCCCGAGCAGCAGCUCCUCGGGGAACGUGGUGUUCCAGGAAGGAAACGUGCUAGAGCGGCUCCCCUUCGCGGACGACACGUUCGACAUCGUCUUCGUGUCCCAGGUGCUCGGGCACAUGCACCCCGCGGAGGUGGCGCGCAGGGCCCUGCGCGAGAUGCGCCGCGUGCUCAAACCGGGCGGCGUGCUGGCCACGCGCGACGGCGCCGAGCAGCACUUCUACCCGCGCGCCUGCGACCUCGACCGUCUGUGGGUGGGGAACUCGGCGCGCGCGCUGCGCAAGGGCGUGGCGCCCCGGGACGAACGCGAUGUCGAUCCGCCGGGCGUGAGCAUGCCGGCGCUGCUGCGCAGCGUGGGCUUCGACCCGGACGACACGCCCAGAUUCCGCGUCGGUGCCAGCGCCGGCGUCUUCGCCGGCCCAGAGACCAGGAAGUGGUUGGCAUGGCGCGCGGCGGGGCAGCUCAGGCAGGGGGACCCGUUCCACCAGAGCUGGAUCGAUGCCGGUAUCACACAGGACGAGAUCGAGGAGACGUUGCAGGCCGUGCACAAGUGGGCGGAUACCCAAGACGCUUGGUUCGCCGCGCUGCAGUGUGAGAUGCUCGCGUGGAAGUAG